CAGAGGGUAAAGAGUGUUAGGGAGGAUGAGUAGUGUAAAGAGGAUGAAGCUGGGCUCACAGGGCCUCGAGGUUUCAGCACAGGGACUUGGGUGCAUGGGCAUGUCCGCCUUCUACGGCCCUCCCAAGCCAGAACAAGACAUGAUCCCUCUCAUCCACCACGCCGUCAACAGCGGCAUCACCUUCCUCGACACCUCCGACGUCUACGGGCCCUUCACCAAUGAAAUCCUUCUCGGCAAGGCUCUCAAAGGAGGAGUGAGGGAGAAAGUUGAAUUGGCUACCAAAUUCGGGAUUAUAUACGAGGACAGGGUGCGUGACGCGCGCGGCGACCCGGCUUACGUGAGGGCGUGCUGCGAGGCGAGCUUGAAGAGGCUGGAGGUUGAUUGUAUUGAUCUCUAUUACCAGCAUCGCAUCGACACUCGCGUGCCCAUUGAAGUCACGGUGGGAGAACUGAAGAAAUUAGUUGAAGAGGGUAAGAUAAAGUACAUAGGUCUGUCUGAGGCCUCUGCUUCAACAAUCAGAAGAGCACAUGCAGUUCAUCCCAUAACAGCUGUGCAGUUGGAGUGGUCCUUGUGGUCAAGAGAUGUAGAGGAAGACAUAGUUCCAACUUGCAGAGAACUUGGCAUUGGGAUCGUUGCAUAUAGCCCUCUAGGACGUGGAUUCCUUUCUUCAGGGGCCAAGAUAGUUGAGAACUUAUCAGACAAUGACUCGAGAAAGUACUUUCCAAGGUUCCAGCCAGAGAAUCUCGAGCAUAAUAAAAUCCUUUAUGAGCGGGUUAGUGAAAUUGCGACAAGGAAGGGGUGCACUCCAUCACAACUAGCACUGGCCUGGGUCCAUCACCAGGGGGAUGAUGUGUGUCCCAUACCAGGAACUACCAAGAUUGAAAACCUCAACCAAAACAUAGGGGCUUUGUCCGUGAAACUAACUCCAGAAGAAAUGGCUGAACUAGAAUCCAUUGCUUCAGCAGAUGUGGUUAAGGGUGACAGAUACCAGACCACCACAUUUACCUGGAAGAACUCUGACACUCCACCCCUUGCUUCCUGGAAGGCUUGAAAGAGACAUGAUCGUAGCAGCACUAUAGUGAUAAACUCCUUAUUGCGCCUUGUAAACUCUAUGUAUUUGUGUUUUUUUAUGCUGAAAGCUAUGGGGUUCCUAGAGGAUGUUACUGCAUCAUAGGGUGAGUUUUGUGUGGGGCAGUGUGUUUGUGUUAUUUCCUGAGGAUCAGAAUACUAAAGUUUUAAUAAAAAGGAGUUGAAUAAAUUAGGAACUUGAA